UAAGUAUUAUCUUGCGGUUAACAACAUGGCUGGCAACGGUGGAUUGUGUCAUAUCGAGAAAAGUUUGAAAGCUCUAAAAUCUUUUCCCCGAGUAUCUUUGAACAAUAUAAAAGAUUUACCAGAAGCAUUUAAGACGCAUCGAAGAAAAGGUAGAGGGCCUGGCUCAAGUCGUGGAAAAACUUCUGGAAGAGGACAUAAAGGUCAAGGUCAACGGGGAACUUUGCCUAGAAUUGGCUUUGAAGGAGGUCAAACUCCUUUUUAUCUCAGAGUACCAAAACACGGUUUCAAGAAUGUCAACAAAAAGAACUAUGUUCCACUGAAUUUGAACAGACUUCAAUAUUUCAUUGAUUGUGGUCGUAUUGAUCAUAGUAAGCCAAUUGACAUGAAUACAUUAUGGAGAAGUGGAGCUGUAUCAAAAAUUGGAGAUGGCGUGUGUCUAUUAGGAACGGGUUCUGAAACAUUCAACUCCCAAAUAAAAAUUGAAGUGAGUCGAGCUUCAAAGAAAGCCAUUGAAAGCAUAGAAAGGCAAGGAGGAAAUAUCACAUGUAGCUACUACACCAAGCUUGGUUUGCGUGUUCUCUUGAAACCAUGGAAAUUUAACGAAAAAAGAUUACCCAGAAGGGCAGCACCUCCUCCCAAACUGGAAAAAUAUUAUAGAGAUCCAAGCAAACGGGGAUAUCUUGCCGACCACGAAGAUGUUAAGAAAGAGCGAGAGAAAGUAAUUGAAAGUUUUAACGAUAAACAGUCUUUACUUGAUAAGGUUAAAAAUAUGAAUUUAUCUACCUGACUAAUAAUACUUAACGUCAAGUGAAAGUGAAUAAACAACCUGUAAUACA